AUGCCUAGAUCAAAGCGUUCUAAACUAGUCACUCUGGCUCAGACGGACAAAAAGGGGAGAGAAAACAAAGAAAGGAUUUUCGAUGAGGUGAGAGAGGCCCUAGAUACGUACAGAUACGUGUGGGUUUUGCAUUUGGAUGACGUUAGGACUCCAGUUUUACAAGAGAUCAGAACCGCAUGGGUCGGGUCUAAACUUAUAAUGGGUAAGAAGAAAGUGCUCGCUAAGGCGCUUGGUGAAAACAAGGAAAGUGAAUACAAGGACAAUAUCUUCAAGUUGUCUCACUGCCUCACUGGUGUUGUAGGUCUGCUUUUCACCAACGAGGAGGUAAACACCGUGAAGGACUACUUCAAGUCGUACUCCAGAUCUGAUUACUCGAGACCAAACUCGAAAGCACCACUAGAUUUCACUAUACCGGAGGGAAUCGUCUACUCUCGUGGGGGGCAGAUCCCCGUUGAGGAUGACGUGCCAAUGGUCCAUUCCAUGGAACCCACUCUACGUAACAAAUUCCACAUCCCUACAAAGAUUAAAGCCGGUAAGAUCACUUUGGAACAACCGUUCAAAGUAUGUGAAGAGGGCCAAAAAUUGGACGUGACUCAAACUUUGAUCCUCAAACAGUUCGGUAUUGCUGCCGCUCAAUUCAAAGUCAAAGUGGAAGCAUAUUACGACAAUGAGACUUCAAAGAUUGAAAAAGUUGGGAUAAAUAUGAACUGA